CACGUCUUGCGGUUGUUGUAUGCAUUCCAACCACACGCAUCCACGCCCGCUGCGUCAGCGUUCUUGCAAAACUUUCUCACACACGAAACGCACUUGCGCUUCCUUGUUCGUUCACUCAAGUAGAAUGGAAACCGUGUUGAGAUUCAUGAACCAAGUCCCGAAACGACAGAAAGCGCGUUAUCAAAAUAACGAAUACUAGAAGUCAUUUAAACAAGGUAACAUACGUGUGGAGUAAAUACAAAGAUGGCCAAUCAGACCAACUGCCACUAUAAUGAGUCCAUGGGUUUCUUCUACGACAACAGCAAGCAUAUAAGUGAUGGCUGGAAUUCCACAAACCUCAUCAUUGUCCAGUGCAUUGGUUCCGUCUUCUGCUGUUUCAUCCUGUUCUCCAAUGCCAUGGUUAUUGCGGUGGUGAUUACCAACAAGAGGUUCCACUACCCCUUUUACUACCUUCUAGCGAACCUGGCUGCCUCAGACUUCUUGGCUGGAUUAGCCUAUGUGUACCUUAUGUUCAACACAGGUCAAGUGUCCAGACAGCUUACUUUGCAGAUGUACUUCUUUCGCCAGAGCCUGCUCGACGCCAGUCUCUCAGCCUCCUUGGCUAACCUGCUUGUGAUUGCACUGGAGCGCUACAUUGCGAUCAUGAAUUGGAAGGUUCACAGUAACCUCACCAAGAGGCGAGUGACCUUCUUGAUUGUGCUAGUGUGGACCAUUUCCAUAUUCAUGGGUGCCGUCCCCUCCCUAGGUUGGAACUGCAUCUGUAACCUGGAUCAGUGUUCCCAACUAGCCCCCAUCUACAGCAGGAGCUACCUCAUUUUUUGGUCUAUGUCAAACUUGGUGUUGUUCCUGGUCAUGGUAUCAAUCUACCUGAAGAUUUACACAUACGUUAAGAGGAAAACAUCUGUUAUGUCCUCACAUACGCGUAGCUCCUUAAACCGCAAGAAGACACCAAUAAGACUGAUAAAGACUGUGAUGACAGUGUUAGGAGCGUUUGUGAUCUGCUGGACUCCUGGGCUAGUUGUGCUGCUGCUGGAUGGCUUGAACUGCCGCCAGUGCAAGCUGACGAGCUUCAAACGCUGGCUGCUCCUCCUGGCCGUGCUCAACUCUGUGAUGAACCCCAUUAUCUACUCCUACAAGGACGAGGAGAUGUGGCUGACCUUCAAAAACCUGCUGCGCUGCGUUUGCACCGGGACCCGCAGGCAGAGGUCAUCAAAGGCCAACAUCCGGGCUUCCAGCCAGGAGCCUAGCAGUAGCCUGCGCACCUCUGAGGAGAACAAGGGCUCUGUUCGGGAGACGCUCGAGGAUUGAAGUAGCCUGCUACAAAGCCGCCAAGGACAGCAAACAGGCGCACUGCUGGGCCGAUGAAGAAGCAUCACUCAGUCUGCGUCAGAGCUUAAUUGUGCUGCAGCCUACAGCGAUGAUUGCUGGAGGCCUAAUGGGCCUUUUUUCCCCUCUAGUGCUAACCCAGCCAAAGACUUGAGGCUGAGAAAGCUAAGGAUUUGCACAUUAACUGUACAGAAGACAUUGCGAUUCAAAUGAAAAUUGGUGAACAGAGGAAAGUGCACAUAUCUCUGAAGCUCAGCAUGUUAUGAGUUGUAAAUUUGAAAAGAUCCUGUCAUAUUAUUCAUUGGAAUCUCACUAUAGAAAUUAAUCAUCAUAUCUGAACCUCCUUGAAUUUGGCAAAAAUAAAAACAUAAAACAUUUUUAAAUUACCAUCAAUAGUACUACACAUUGCUGUUGUUUUACUGCAAAUCAUUUCAUUGUAUGGACCUGUUUAAACAUCAUUUUAUGAUGUGUAAGUUUUCUUUCUUUCAAAAUAGUUUUAAAAAUUCAAUGCCAAAAAAUUCUUCAAACUGUAUUGUGUACAACAAAAGUGGUUAUCAAGUGUCAGAUAUGGUGGUUUAUUUCACUGUAUAAACAAUAUCAUAUAAAUACGUGGUCAGUUUUUGUGGUCAAUUUUGAAUAUCAUCUGAUCUUUUUACUGCCAGGCAAAAUGUCAUAUAACCCAGAAGGGAGCCCAAUCAGUUUCAGCUCACAACAACUGAAGCACGUUAUCUUCUCACAGAUUUCUCUCACCAGUCAUUUAAAACGGAUACUCUUGGACCUGCGCCCGUCUGUGUUUGCAUGUGGCAGCGACAUUAGGCAGAUUCAAGGAUUAAGGAAGAACCGCUGUUCUGCUUGCGGUCAGAGGGCGACCAAGUUGUGUCAGUGGGCCUCAUUUCACAUUAGACUGCUUUCCUCUUCUGACAAGCAGUGUGAGUGCAAGCUGAGAAAAAAAAAAACUGCUGGGUACAGGAAACUUUGUCUUUGUCCUGGAAUGUAAAGAGUUGUUUUUAUCUUUCCUUGCGCAACAGCUGUCGACACAACAGCUGCGCCACAGAAGCAGCAUAGCAUUAUGACGCGUACGUCUUUCAAGAAUGCCUGCAAAGACUCACAAGGCCAUGACUGCAGCUUUGUUAUCAGGUCGUGAUGCAGUCGUCUACAUGUAAUCUGUAUGUGUUGCUAUGGUUUUUAUGUUUUCAAAGGAAAAAAAUCCUCUUGUAUCGGGUUACAGUCACAUUUUUCAUACAUCCCAUUUGCUUGAACAGAAACAAGGUGGUUUACGCACCUUGGGUGUUAUGAAACUGCAGCACUUAUGAUAAAAAAUCAAUUAUGAAUUGUAGGCUGCAUGAUGCAUUUUUGAACAUUUAUUGCAUGUCAAUACAUUUGAGAAAAGAUAGGAAGAGAACAAAAAAAGUAAAUAUCAUGGUCCUGAGUUCACAUUUGUUCGUGUGAGGGAUCAUGGGCAUGGAGUCUUGGGUAGACAGUUUGUCAUCGUGCAGGAAUGCCAUUCAUAUAUGUUUUACUGGAACCUGAAGCAGCUAAAGAAAGGCAGGAUUUGGUAAAGAGAAUUCAAGGACUGAAUUCUGUCACUUGGGAACAUGUGGACUAGAAAUAAUAGGUAAAUGAGAAGUGAGUUGUGAAUUUCUGUUCUGUUUAUUACUCGUGAAUGAAACCCUGUGCCAAGAGGAGGAAAUGAAAACUUAGUUUGUGGGGUUUUUUGCCUUAACGGAAUAGAUUACAGAAAAGGUAAAUUCCUAUAUCAAGAUGAUGCCAAAAUAAUGUGUGUCAUUUUAAAUGUGCAUUUCAAGGUUACAAUGUUCAGCCUUUUUCUAUUACAUUUUACUCAGAAUGUCUGACCAGUUUACAUGUUGCUUGGGGUGACCAAGAUGAGAAUAACAUUACAUGCUCACUCAAGUGCCACAUUUAUAGAGCUUUGGACAACAUAAUUUUCAAAGUCAGGAAGACUAAUGGAUUGCCCUUGUUACUGGGCUAUUUCCUAAACACAGGAAGUAGAAAAUGCACAAUGUAAGACUUGAAGAGGAAAUGCUGUAAGCCUUAGAUCUAAAGGCACACACAUGAAUCCACUUUUAAAAGGCUCUGUUUAUUGCAUGCAGAAUUAAUGUUGUGAUGCAUUGCAAUGAAGUAUAGGACUCUUCCUGAAUGUGUGUGUCUUUUCCAUGUGAAAUGUGUUUAUAAUGGAUCAUUAGGCAAUCAGUGUCAAUAAUAUCAGUUUGAUUACUAAAAGGAUCUAGUGUGUAGACGUGUGUAUACAGUUGCAUGCUAUAGAAUUUAUCACCAUUCUUGCUCUGUCAAUAUCCAAUUUAAUAUAGAUCAAUGCCAUGGUAUGAUUUUCUUGUACAAUGUGUAAAACUCUAUAAAGUGUUGGAAUGUCUAUCCAUGUGCCUUUUAAAAAUACAUUUUGUCAGGGGAUGUACUAUCUGCUUUCCAAAAAGAACAAAGACAUUAGUAACGAUCUGAAAUGCAUUGCUCUUUGGUGAAAUGUAUUAAUCUUUGUAGUGUUGUGAAGCAUAAAUAUUUAUGAAACCUCAAACUAUUGCUUUGUCUUUAAAGAAAUAUUGCAAUCCAAUAUUUUAAUUUUACACUACUGUUUCAUUAGCUAUAAAGUUUGUUUUCUGUUGUAGAUAUGGAAACCUUCGCUCUGCAAAAUUCCAUCAUUCCUCCUUUAGGUCUUGAUGGGAUUUCGUGCAGUAAGUAAUGAAAAAUUCCCUAACACAUUAGCCCCUCAGUUAGUUUUUUCUGCAUAUCCAUGUAAUAGCUGCUUAUAUUGAUACAAUUUUCAAUGCAUACAUGUUGCUUCUCAAGUGAAUCAUCCUUGUACUGUAUUAAAAAUGUAAUACUGAUGUAAUACUGUAAUCACUGUACUCACAAUGCAAGUAGUGUAACACUGUAACGAUUGUGCUAUUAAAAUUGUGUCUCUUUUA